AGCUCUCUCUAGAAGAUGUUUCGAUUAGGAUUGUUAUACAGUGGACGGUAUGGGGAACAUUGGUUUCCUUCAGCCCUAUGCAGCCAAGGACUGUACAGAGGCUGCCUUCAGUUCACAGCCUCCAGUGCACAGCGAAAGGAAAACAGACAGACUGUGGAGAGUCUGAAGCAGCUGUCAGUGGACGUAGCGAGGAUUCGUCAGCUGAAAAACUGGGUUUUGCUUGUGAACGAGGUUUAUGUCUAUGAAACUGCCAGCAUUUUAAAGGAAAUAGGAGUUGAGGGGAAGAAGGUAGCCCUCAUUUUGGAACGAUAUCCUGAGGCCAUCCUCUGCAAGCCAGCAGAAAUCAGAGCCCAGCAGGAGUUAUGGGGCAGAUUGUGCACCAAUGAGAAGGAACUGGCAAGAAUUAUUGAGCGCUUCCCAGAAUCAUUCUUUACAAUAAAAAACCACAAGAAUCGACAGGACAAUAUCAAAUAUUUCCAAGCAUUAAACAUAAAUAACAGGAUCAUCGGUCGCUUGCUGGUCAGUUCUCCCCAGACUUUCUGUAGUGGUGUGGAUCAGAACAGGGCUGUGAUUGAGAAUUUACAGCAGACCUACCUUCAGCUGGGUGGUAAACAGGCUGACAUGAGGAUCUGGUUAAUGAAACUGCUGAGCCAAAAUCCUUUCAUUUUUUUGAAACCUCCAAACUUGGUGUGUGAAAACCUGACCUUUCUGCAAUCCUUAGGCUUCAGCAAUGCUGAGCUCCUAAAGCUCAUCUCCAAGCUCAAAGGGUUGAUAGCCGAGCUAUCCCUCAGUACUAUGGAGAAAAGCAGUGCAUUCUGUCGACAGUCAUUGCAGUGCACUGAUGAGGGAUUGAAGAUCAUUUUCAUGAGCUGCCCGGCCUUGCUGUACUUCUCGGCUCCCAUAUUGGAGGAGCGCCUCACUGCCAUUUUACGGGAAGGGUUUUCAGUGGAACAGGUCAGAGCGAGCCCUACAGUUCUCGAGCUGUCUCCACAGAUUGUGCACCGUCGCAUAAAGAGGCUGAUCUCUUUAGGGUAUGAUGUGAAAAGAGACAGCCUGGAACUGCUCACAGGAACCAAGAAGGAUUUUGAAGUCCGUUGUGGAAAGAUGAACUGGAGGAAAGAGAGACCCUUGUUUAACCCAGUUGCUCCCUUGAGCAUUGAGGACUAACCGGCCAGUAAGUACCAGGGUGUGUCAACCCAAGAUGUGCCCUUGAAGCUGGAACAUAGGAGCAGGUAUGUAGGACGCUCAGCCCCUGGAGCCUGCUGUAGCAUUCAGUAACAUCACAGCUGUUCUGAUUGUGGCCUCAAUAACAUUUUCCUGGCUGCCCCUGACUCUCUUGUCUACCAAAGUCUGUCUUUGCGAUGUUGCGGUUCGUAUUGUAUUCAGGUUUUGCACAUACUGAAUAUAUGAGAUUUCAGCCAGAGACAGAUUGGUGUAUUUAAAAUGAUUGGCAGAUUCCAUUUGGGCAACUAGGGGAAAAAAAGCAAUGUAUUCACCUAAAAGGUCAGGAAAACCUGAAAUUCUGCAUACAGCUCCCCAACUCAGAAAAUAUAAAACAAAACAAAAUGUUUACCAUGUGCAAAUCAGUCAUGGUCUAAUUGAGGAGUGAAACAGUUUUGAGUUAUCAAAUGGCCUCCUGUUAUGUGCUAGUUGUUAAUAAUUUUUCAUAAACAAAUCCAUCAAGCUCGUGGUUACUUUUCCUGUCAGCCUUCUCACAAGGAGUAGAUAUGGAUAUUCAUUGCAAGGUCUGAUUCUGCCAUUGGACAACACUUGCUGAACAAUCCAGAGUGUAUCAUUAGCUACAUUAACAACUCCUUCCAGUUGAGCCUGUGGCUCAGUUAUGUUUAAUAAAAGUGAUAUGCUUUCAUAAGAAGGGACCCGUGCACUACAAAUAAAAGGAAUAUAGUUAAUCCUUUUUUUUUUUAAGUUACUCACAAGCCUCUGACUCCUACCAGGACACCCAAAUCUCCCUUACCCUUUAUAAUUCUGAGGUCAUUCUCUGUUUAAAUAUUAGUGCUUUGUACUCUGUACAAAGUGAGCAACUUUAUAUGUGCUCACAUUAUUUUCCAUCAGCCAGCUUUUUGCCCACUCACUCAACAUAUGUACAUCUACAACCUCCUUACGUCUUCCUCACAUCAUACUUUCUGACUUGUCUUGGUGUCAAUGAUUAAUUUUCCAAGAUUAUAGAAACCAAUGUAACAAAACUUGCUUUGAUUA